UUUGUGGAUAAGACUGCUCCAACAAAUGCCAUGUUGCCACUCCACACUACAAUUACCACUAAUUCCCUUACAUGCAAAUGCAAUGCACUCAUUCUUCUUCUUCUAACUUUGCAGCUAUGGGGCAACUCUUCUCUUCUAUUUUGCUGGAAACUUAGUGCUGAGGUUGAGCAUUCUCCUGUUGGAAGACAUAAUAGGACCUGCUGAUAUCUGAGGCGUUCUAUAGUAUAAGACGGGGGGAUAUGGGAGAAUUUGGUAAGGAGGCAGCCAUUGUUAGAAAGAAUAAGAAGGGAACAGUUGCAAGCAAGUCGCAAAUUUCAGCAUCGCCCACCAUGGAAUCUCAUCUACACGAAGGCGAGGUGCAUUUAGUAUCAACCCCGGUAAGUUACCCAACCCAAGUUCGUUGCACUGCCUGCUGGGGAAACGAUAGUUGCCAGACAGUCCGUUCGAGAACAAAGUUGAUGAAGACAUUGAUCGAGAGGGGAAAGCCUCAAGAAGUGCACUCGAUAACCAAAGGUCUAACGGAAGAAGGACAUAGGCCGACUCUUGUGACAUAUACUACUGUUUUAGCGGCCUUGACUCUGCAGAAACGUUUCAAGUCCAUUCCGUUGCUUCUCAAGAAAGUGGAGCAAAACGGACUAAGACCUGACUCGAUCUUCUUCAAUGCCAUGAUCAAUGCUUUUUGUGAAUCUGGAAAUGUCAAGGAGGCCAUGAAAAUCUUCCGGAAAAUGAGGGAGAAAGGAUGCAAACCCACAGCUAGUACUUUUAAUGCGUUGAUCAAAGGUUUUGGCAUAAUUGGUAAGCCCGAAGAAUCUUCGAAACUGUUAGAGAUAAUGUCACGGGAAGAAAACAUCAAAGCGGAUGACAGGACAUAUAACAUUCUUGUACAAGCUUGGUGUAACAAGAACAACAUCGAAAAAGCAUGGGGCGUGGUCCACAGAAUGGUUGGCGCGGGUUUGAAACCCGACGUUGUUACAUACAACACUAUAGCAAGGGCUUAUGCGCUGGGCAAAGAGACGAGCAGAGCCGAAGAAUUGAUUUCCCAGAUGCAAAAUAACAAAGUAGCUCCAAACGUACGAACUUGUGGCAUCGUUGUUGAUGGAUACAGUAAAGAAGGCAAUAUGGCAGAUGCAUUGAAAUUCAUAUACAAGAUGCAGGAUUUUGGUGUGCAUCCUAAUUUGUUUAUAUUCAACUCUCUUCUCAAAGGCUUUUUGGACAUAACUGACACUAAAGGAGUUGAUGAGACACUAACAAUGAUGGAAGAAUUUGGAGUGAAACCGGAUGUGGUCACAUAUAGUACGAUUAUGAACGCGUGGAGCUCAGCAGGCCUAAUGGAGAAAUGCAAGGAAAUGUUUGAAGACAUGAUCAAGUCUGGCAUUGAACCCGAUAACCAUGCAUUCAGCAUCCUUGCCAAAGGCUAUGUCCGCGCUGGGGAGCCUGAGAAAGCGGAAGCCCUCUUGGAAGUGAUGGGCACCCACGGUGCACACCCGAACGUGGUAACGUUCACCACAAUCAUCAGUGGGUGGUGCAGUGCAGCCAAAAUGGAGGAUGCCUUGAGGGUAUAUGACAGGAUGUGUAGGAUGGAUGUGCAGCCCAAUUUGAACACUUUUGAGACACUGAUUUGGGGCUAUGGCGAAGCAAAGCAGCCAUGGAAAGCAGAAGAGUUGCUUCAAAUCAUGGAAGAAAUAGGCGUUUCGCCCAGGAAGAACACAGUUCAGCUCGUUGCAGAUGCGUGGCGUGCCAUUGGCUUCAUCAACGAGGCAAAGAGAAUCCUAAAUGAUGAUCAGAGCUCCGUCUUGAUUCCCAGAACAGAUGAAAAACCAGUAGAGGACCUGCAAAGAGUUUACCAAGAAAAAACAAAUGGCUCUUACAAAACCUUACCAGAUAAUGGUCAACGCCCCGCCUUGAAUACCAAAAUGGAUGAAAACCGAGAAGACAGUGUGCAUAGAGGCGAUCAUCACGAAGAAAUAAUGAAGGGUUCUUUCUCAAGCCUGCCAGAAAUGACAGGCUCUGCUAUAACCAACCAGAAUGGGUCAAGCACCUUCACCUUAAGAACUGCAACAAAAAGCAUGAAUAUGGCAGCUAAAGCUAUUCUGAUUAGUAACAACUGUGGAUUUAAACCGAACCCAUCGAUGGUGAUUCAGAGGCCACUCCACGUGCAGAUUGGUAUUCACAGAUACAUGAACUCUUGCAGAUUGGUGGCUUGACGGGCUGAGUUGUGGAACAGGCAACUCAGAUUGAAGAUUGUGUUUAGUAUUAUAGUAAAACAUUAAUGUACCAUAUUCAUUUCUUAAAUGUAUCUUCAAUUCUCAACACCAAUGCAUAAUGUUGUUACAAUCCAA